CGGGGCUGCCAGCGCGUCCCCAGCGCCCAGCGCCGCGCGAGAACCGAGAGCCCUGUGGUCCGAGUGUGCCGACCCAAGCACCAGGGGAGCCCUUCAAUCUCACGGCCCCUCCCCGGGCCCAGAAGCCUCAGAGACUGACAGCUGUUGGAGCAUCCACCUGGCUCAGCCGGUCCAGGCCCUGCGGUCCCCAUGGCUGCCGGGAAGGGAGCUCUGCGGAGCCCUUCAGCUGAAAACAGAUGGCGGCUUAGUGAACCCGAGCAGGGCUGGGGCCGCAAGCCAGUGCUGCUGGAGAAAACAAACCGCCUGGGCUCUGAGGCUGCCCCGGGCAGCGGUGGCCGGGAUGAGGCCUGUGCCGAGAUGGCGCUGUCAGCAGCCCCGGGCAAAUUCAGGCUGGGAAAGCUGAGGCCCCGGAAGGCUUGCUGGGAACAGGGGCAGAGCGCCUUCAUGGAGGUGCCUCGGCUCAAGAAGAGGCUUGGGGGCAGGCAGGCCCAGGAGAGGGUGCACAGUGGCCCUGCAGGCCAGCCGGGCCCCCAGCAGCUGAUCCUGGACCACCCCAGGGACCCGGCUAGCAUCACCUGCUUCUCAGUGGGGCCCAGUGGGGCCCACGGGGAGCAGAGAAGUGCCUUCAGUAAGCCAACCAGGAGUCCAGCAGGGAGACUGGGGCCAGCCUCCGUCUUCCAGGCAGGCGGACCCGUAGACACCCUGGGGGAGCUGCUGGGACUCAUCAACACAGUAGAUGUCAGUUGCUGGGGUCGACUUUCCAACUCCAGGCUUUUGGUGGGUGAUUUCUGGAGCCUGCAAAGGGUGGCACCAAAUGCUCCUCUCUGCGGCACUUUCCUGGGUGACCCCAUGCUGUGGCUCAAGCAUGCCACGGCCCAGGUGCCCACACCUCCGUCGUGCUCCUCCACCGCCUCUUGGGCCCUGCUGCCCCCCACGCUCACCUCCCUGGGCCUGUCCACCCAGAACUGGUGCGCCAAGUGCAACCUCUCCUUCCGCCUGACCUCCGACCUGGUCUUCCACAUGCGGUCCCACCACAAAAAGGAGCACGUGGGGCCCGACCUGCAUUCUAAGAGGCUGAGAGAAGAGGCCCUCACGUGCCCCGUUUGCCACGAGUACUUCCGCGAGCGCCACCAUCUCUCCCGGCACAUGACUUCUCACAGUUAACAGGUGGUUUGGAACAAGGGCGUCCAGCACGCGGUCGUGAGGCUGAGAUGGCUCACGGGGCCUUCCUCCGAAAAGACUGGUCACAGUCAUCCGCAGGGCCGUCUCCUUGGGCGUUUGAGGACGAACAGCUCAGUCAUACUUGGAAAAAGUCAACCUGCCCCCGGGACGUGCUUAAAGGAAGUAAUGUCGUGAAAUGAUGCGCUUUGCUAAUGGCAGGGUAUGGUGACGAAUGGCAUCAAGUGUUUCUGACAUUUUCAAGAGUGAGGGCUCUGCUCCCGUCACCGUAACUCUCGCUCCAUGUGGAAGCAAGGCUGGCACCCAGCACGGGCUUUGGAGGCAGACAGACCUGGACUGGGAUCUUGGCCCUUUCACAUACUGGCCCUGAGCCUGGGCAAAUUGCUCUAGCUAUCUGAGUCCCGGCGUACUUCUUUGCAAACAUGGAGAUGGUGACACCUGUGUCUGAGGGAUGUUGUCAGGAUUGUAUGGGAAGACGUGUGGGAAAUGGCCAGCAUGUGCCCGGCAGUGUCAUCACAGAGUAAACAGUACUAUUAGCAUGAUCCAGAUUAGUCAACUAUUGUUAAGUGACAAAGUUUCAGUGGCCAACAAUGCAGAGCCCCUGUGUCUCAGUCAUGGGCCUGCGGGUUGCCUGGGGUUGAGCUGGGCUUGACUCCAAGGUUGCUUUCUCUCUCAGGACUGUUGGGCUGCCCGGUCAUGCUUCUCUCAUGGUUACGCCAAGAGCACAGCAGGACAAGUCCAAAUACCCAAGCACAGCUCAAGCCUCUGCUUGGCUUGCUUCCGCUGAUGUCCCCUCGGCCAAUACAAGUAGGCGGCCAAGCCCAAAGUUAAGGGGUGAGGUGUGCAUAUGGCCAACGGGGAGGUCAUGAGUGAGUGUAUAAUCCUACAGGGGCCGGCGGAAUUGGGACCAAUAAUUCAACCAACACCUGGUCCCUGGUUCUUCACGUUCUGAAUACGUGAAAAUGGGAAAACGAAACAACGCAUACAUGCACACAUACACGCACACACACCCCUUAACUCUCAGGAAGUGAGCGUGCACAAAACCUUAAGGCUUGAGACAUUGUGAAGACUGGGAGAGUUCUGGGUACCGUUUACUAUCUGAUGCAUGUUGAGUUUCAGUACCUAUGCUGUUUAUCCACAUUUGUCCUUAUUCCUAACAAUGCAAACCUCAGGUCAUACACUCUGCUGUAACACAAGCCAGUCUGUGUGAAAGCCCUUUGUUGGAAUUUCUUUCAAGUCACUGCAGUUCUUUUGAGUGGUUUCCACCUCACUUUCAAGAUUUGUUCACUUGACCUGCAGUUUCCAACCCCUCCUCUGGGGCCUCGGUCACAGAGCUCAGGCUUGCGGGUGGGAAGGAGCUGGUGGGGGUCUCAGCCAGCUGCGAGCCAGCCAUCCAAACACCUGCAGACUCCGCAUCCCCUCUCCAUCUCCACGGCAGGCUCCCACCUUGCCCGAGGCAGCUGCAUGUCCCCCCUGGCCCAGCCCACACCUGUCCCUCUCUCUCCCACUCCCCCCACCUCCCACCCAUUCUCCACAGCCAGAGGUAUAUUCAUUCAUUUCUUGGCCUCCCUGGGCACCUGUGCUGUGCCAGAUUGUGUGCCAGGCCCUGCUGGGGGCACAGUGAGUUCGACCCACUGUGUGAGUCGAACAUAGUCCUUGUUCAGGGUGUGAGAUGAUUAGGGUGCAGUGCGACAGAUGCAGAACAGAGGCCUGUGCCGGGGUGCUGGGCACGUCGGGGGGCAUGCCCAAGCCAGACCUGUGGGUAGGGGAGGAGGGUACCCCUGGAGACCUCCUGGGGGGUGGGGAUGUGAGCUGAGCCUCAGAGUCCAGCAGGAGCUGGUGAUUCAGACAGGGAGGGCAGUGCUGGGGAGAAGGUGGUCCUGAGCUGUAGUGUCGAGGCUGCCCCAAGGCCCAGGUGGGGCAGACUUAGUGGGGAGGUGGGCCUCUGAGAUGGAGACAUAGGAAGGCAUCGAAGGAAAGGAGUUCAGACCAGGGCCCUGGAGGGCCGGCUCCAAGAAACCCUUCUAGGGGGCCUCUGGCUGCAGCAGGAAAAGUGGGCUGGAGGAGAGGAGAUGGACCCUCUGAGCCGUUUCCUCUGCAUCUGGAAGGAAGCAGCAGUGCUCCACAGAGGCAACAAAGAAGCACCCCCAUUUCUACAGUGAGGCUUGGAGGCCCCACCCUCCGUGAAGGAGGUCAGGAGCCCUGCAGGCCGGGCCCCUUUGGGAGCUGCGUGGGGCUACAAUUUGCCCACCGGGAGGCUGUGCCCAGAAGGGGGCUGAAGCUUUGGGGAGCCUCCCUCUCCUGCCGUCCCACGUGGGGGAAGAAGAUUAAUUAGAAGGGCUGCCGUCCCAUGUGGGACAGGAGAGGGCACCUCAUGGGCUUGGAAUCUGAGACUCCACACCAUGCAAUGAUGUAUGUUAUGUCAUUUAAUCCACAUGAUAUGCCCAGGAGGUAGAUACUUUUAAAAAUUAAUUAAUUAAU